UGUGACUAAUAGUAUACCCGUCAUUAGAACUGUCAUUUUAAUUUUCAGGGCACGGUGGUAGAGCGCUGCGGUGACAGCGACGAUCGAGUGGUACAGGGCGGCGAUGAUAACGACGAUCGAUCGAGUGGUUGAGGAGAAGAAUCGUCGACGAGAAAUUUUUUUCAUGUGGAGGAAUGGAGGGAGCUUCAUCCUCAUCUUCAUCUAGGAAUUUUCCCUCCACUGCUGAAGAUCAUUACUUGGUCGACGAUUUCUACUUUUCAGUACUUUACGAUGCUGAAGAAAUAUUUCCAAUUUCGGAUGAGAAAUAUGCUGAAGAGCUGCAACUACAAGAAGCACUCUAUUCCUCCACGAUGUCAAGUGGUAGGGUUGAAAAGGAAGCUGUUCAAGUGGAUGUAGAUGAUGUCGCUGACCUCCUUUUGAGAAACCGCAAGAGGAAACGUAAAGAGAGCGGUGAAACUUCCCUUGCACACUGUGGUAUUUGCAUGGAUGCCAAGCCUGGGGAAGAAAUGUUCAGGAACCGAAACUGUUCUCACCUUUUUUGUGAUAAUUGCAUUGGAGGACAUGUUGCUGCAAAGAUUCAGGAAAAUAUAUCAAUGGUGAAAUGUCCUGAGCCAAAAUGCAAAGCGGUUAUAGAGCCUGAGAAUUGUCAUUCAAUUAUCCCUAAAGAAGUGUUUGAUAGAUGGGAAAAUGCUCUUUGUGAGAAUGUGGUGCUUGGAUCACAAAAGUUUUACUGUCCCUUUAAGGAUUGUUCAGCUAUGAUGAUAUGUGAUGCAGGGGAAGUUGUGACUUCAUCGGAGUGUCCACAUUGCAAUAGACUUUUUUGUGCACAGUGCAAGGUUUCGUGGCAUGCAGGAAUAGACUGUAAGGAGUUUCAGAGGUCGAAAAGAGAGAAAGGAGAGAAUGGAGACUCAUUGGUCAGUGAACUUGCCAAGACUAAACGUUGGAGAAGAUGUUCAAAAUGCAAAAUUUACGUAGAAAGAAUUGAUGGAUGUACUCAUAUCAUGCAGAUGUGGCCAUGAAUUUUGCUAUGCUUGUGGAUUGUCUUGGAGUGGUAAACAUUAUUCAUGUGUAGGUCGUUAAGUUGUGGUGCAGACCAAGUUCAAAUAUUUUGAGAUUUUGGAUCUAUGGUUCAGUGAGUAGUACAUUUGAGAUUUUGGAUUGCCAAAUUCUUUUGAGGUAAUUCAAACAUUAGAUCAUUGUGGUUAUCAGAACCAUUAGUAGUUUAUCCAGUAAAUAUUGUUAGAUUUAUCUUUUGAGGUAGUUCAAACAUUGGAUCAUUAGCCUUAUCAGAACCAUUAGUAGUUUAUCCAAGUAAUUAUUAUUAGAUU